AUGGAUGAGCAAAGUGUUGCUCUACUGAAUUUGCUGACCGGACGCGCUGCAGAUCGCGCAUUUCAGGCAAUUGUCUUCGAUGGUGACGACCUCGAGAUCACGUUCUGCCAGUUACGUGAGCUUCUGGACACGCCUCUACACCCCGCCGAAUAUCAGACACACUUACUCGCGGCACGCCAGGAUAUGGGCGAGACCACCGAAGCGUAUGCGUAUCGUGUGAGGCAGCUGGUGGCGAAAGCGUUCCCGGGCGAGACCAGCGAGCGAUUGGAGCGUCGAGCAAUAGAACGGUUUGUUGAAGGAGUAGCAAACCCUUCUGUCAAAAAGAGGCCAAUUAUGGAACCCAAAGGAAUCUUUAACGAGACCGUGUCACUGACGCGUGUAACAGAGAAGCUUCAACUGGCCGUCCAAAGACCUAACGCACAAUCUUGGGCCAUUUCCCAACAGCAGCCGCUCUCACGCACAAACCCAUCGGCACCGAGGCCGUAUCGUCAACCAGUGACCGCGCACCCUUACCCCCGAGACGGCGGCGGAUGGAGGCGUUGGUCCGAUACCGGUGAAAGAUUCGAGCCGAACCAUAGACAAACGGCAAAUCGAAUUCCACGCAAAAAGGAAGGACGGGACAACACCAAUACAAGUGAAUCAGUUCUUCCUGCCGUUUGUGCUCCUCCGGAUAAAAUGUUUUGUGUUAACCUACAGGUUCAAAGAUACGGGGUCAAAGGCCUAAUAGACACCGGAGCAACGAAGUCGCUGAUUAACAGCUCGAUAUUGCAGGCUGUGAGCAACCCAACAUCAUGCCGUUCCAUGGCCAAUUGUGCGGAGUGA